UCCACGUAAUUUUUUUUAUUCAACUAUUUAAUUAUAAUUCAUAAAAUUGUAAUAUAGUAAUUUGAAAACUUGAGUUAAUGUGCGUAUUCAGAACUUUUUUAUCAAAAAAUAUUAAUCAAUUUAUUUAUUUAUUUAUUAUUAAUUUAACACGCAUCAAUAAGACAACGAAUAAAAUUUACCUUCAAACUCAAAAAAUUACACCAACGAUCAAACUCACAGCCCAACCCUCCGCACCGUAAAAAGCAUUAAAACCUGUUUUAUUGACCGUGCACUCCGCGAGUCCCGUCGCGCAGCUGCUCUCCUCCCGCCGGUCGGUACACCUUCGCCCUACACCCACGAUCGAGUGAUCGGACCCCAAGUGAACUUUUGCCGAGCUCGUCAGCAGGUCGCGCGGCAGGUGGUCGAAAACCGCGCGCCGUGGGCCUCGCGCUGCUGUUCUCUCUGCCCCACCUAGUCUCCCCUGGCCCCGUGCUGCCAUUGGUCGCCGCCGGCAGGCAGGUCAAAGCAACGCACAGCCGUAAGAUCGGUUGGCGUUCGCUGGGCAACGGAACACUACUCCACGCGCUCGCUCUCCGUAGUAAACGAGCGCGAGACCGAGACAGAGAGAGAAAGAGAGAGGCAGCAUUACACUCGAGACGCGCUAUUCAAAGCUGCCGUCCGUGUUCCAGUAGCGACGCGCCUGCACGCGCUAACUCACGCUUUUCCACCGGCUUUUCACGCUCCUCCGGUGCAUCAAGCUGAUCGGCUAUCUUUCGCGGGCCCUUUCGAUCCUCCUAGUGUCUCAUCAGUCGGGGCUUGUGUUCGUCGAUUGAAAAAAGUGCGCGUGUCGAAUUCGUGGGUGCGCCGCAGCGGAUCGAGCAACACACACACGCCGGAGCAGGAGAAGAAGGAGAAGGAGGGAGAAAGAGAGAAAGAAGGAUACAGCGCGGCGAGACGCGCGUGAGAUGCUGCGCGUUGUUUUAGUUUCCAGUGGAUGUGUGUUGAAAUAAUUGUGCGGUGGUGUUGAUGAUGGUGCAGUGCUGGGGAUCGUCGAGUGUCGAGUAAGGUGCCGGGGAACUGGACGUAAUGUGGCAGACCCAGUGCUAGCGGGAGCGAAGAGUCGAAAUCUAGCGCUGGCGCGACGAUCUGUCCAUUGGCAGUUGCUGCUGCCCGCCGAAGAAUGCCAAUGAAGACCGUUGGCGGCGCCGGUCUAGGGGUCGUUGCUGGAGACGUCCUUGCGUUAAGAGGAACAGGAUUGGCAGCAGCAGAAACUUGGGCUCUUUUAUGCCAGGCUGCCCAGGCCCUCCAGGACCUUUUUUUAUCAAAUGGAGGCGUCGUGGGCGGCUCGAGAGCGGGACCCGUGGUCACGCCGCACACCCUUGAGCUGACGGCGCGCGGCCGGGUGACGCUGCUCCUGGCGCCGCCGGACACCGCUAGGGCCUAUCUGCCACCGGAGUACCGGCCCGGUCGCGUCUACUCCGACACCGACUCGGAAAAGAUGUGGAUGUACUCGCUGGGACGAGCACUGCUGGACACGACGCCACGGGUGACGGCGCUGACGGGUACGGUCUCGGUGUCGCCCUCAUCUGCUCUGCAGUCGGUGCUCGCCGCUAUGACCGAGCCCGAUCCACGCCGGCGAGCAUCCCUCAUGAACCUCCUAGACGUGAUAUCCGAGUACUGCAGGACUAGGCUGCAGUCACGGCCCUUUACUCACAUCGUAAUGGAUAUGUAUCGCGAGGUGGUAAGAUCGGCCCAAUACGCGGCGCGCAAACGAGCCCUGCAGCACUUGAUGAGGAGUCUCCCAAGCAUACCACCCCCACCACAGCAGCAGCAGCAUCAUCAUCCCCUGGGGCCAAACGCAGUACCGAUGCGCCAGAAUCCACCACCACAGCAGCAGCCGAGGCACAGAGUAAAAGGGAUACUCUUUAAGGCGCAGUCGAGGAAUUCGAGGUCUCAGCCAAAUCUGCUGAGUAUGUCGGGUCAGGAGGAGAGAUACUGCGGGGGUAGGACUAACGCCGACGGCGGUAGCUACGGCUAUGUGCUCGAUGCGAGAAAUCUUCAUCAGCGCACCAAUUCCCAGCCCGACUGCUGCAUGGAACGAGCAGGUGGAGGUACGACGAUACCGCAGGUGAGGAGCAGUGGAAACCUGGCAGCUCUGGCAGCGGUAGCGUCCGCGAGCGACGCUCGGAAUGCCAAUAACCCGUACUACGGAGACCCGAUCUACGCGAUGCCGGUGAAGCCGUUCCUCAGCACGCAAGAUGUGCGCAACGCCAAUGCAGCCGCGAGACAAUUUCAGCAAAAGCAGCAGCAGCAGCCGGAAGUUUGCUUGGCGGCGAUCGGACGGAACUAUUGCGGCAACCCGGGCCCGGGCAUCAACGGCGCGCUCGUCUCUUGCCUCGACAAUGCCGGAGGCCUCUGCGGACCGACGCGCGCCCCUGUCAAGGAGGAUCUUUACGCAACAUCGACGAAGAACGGCGCUGGGAGACCUAUUAUCUUGCAGCGCCAGCAUUCCAGUCCGCAGUUUCCGACGACGCGUUGCAGCGGCACUCAGGAGCAAAAACUUUGGGAAUUCGCGAAUCUUCUUCCGGAGUCCCGUAACGGCAACAUGCCGCGCGCCGGAAACUCUGAGGUGCGACACCAGCAACAGCAGCAGCAACAACAACCGCAGCAGACGCAGCAACAGCAGCAGAAAAAACUGAAUCCCGAGGAAAGGAUUCCCUACGUCCCAAGGGGACCGCCGCCGCCGAAACCGCCCCGGAUAAUCACAAGCCUAAAGAAAGCCGCCGCGGCACAGGCAGCCUUAGAUGCUCAGCUUAGAACGGUGAACGUCAAGCCACAGUGCGACUUGAAAAAUGGACCUAGAGCACGGAGAGGUCGAGCAGUUCAGAGAGCCCCGUCACGUCUCUACAGAGCUGUAAAUGGCCCAGCCCGAUCUUUUAAUAAAACACAAUGUGUGGGUCCCGAAUUCGUCGUGCGCGCCAACCAGCCUGCAAAAUUAUUGACUGUCGGCGACUUUAAGAUGAACAAUAUUGGGAGAUUAACAGUGAUUCUCCUGACAGGACAGCGACUCGAAGUCACCUGCGACCCACAGAAAGUCACCGCCGGUGAACUCUUCCAAGCAAUUGUACAAACGGAAGGCCUGGAAGAGAACUUUACUCUGGGAUUAGCAGCUCUAUUGGCUGGAGACUUUGCAAUGUUACCACCAGAUACGAAAUUGAAUAAAGUCGCACCCCCUGGCUGGUUAAACAGUGGGAAGAGCAAAGGUCUAUUGGGACUUCCGACGAGUUUUAUGCUUUACUUGAGGCUUCGCUUUUUUUUACCAUCGCUCCGAGGAAUAAGAUACUGGAUCUCAAAACACUUGCUGUAUCUGCAAAUCCGUCGCUGCAUAUUAGAACAGCAGUUGGUCUGUCCUCUGACACAAUUGAUCAAUUUGACCGGACUUGCACUCCAGGCUGAGUUUGGCAACUACAGUGCAAACGAACACGGCUGCGGCGAUUACUUCCUCUUGGAGCACUACGUACCGGAGUCCCUAAUCUUGAAUUCCGAGGAGCAACAGUAUCGUCAUCCCCAGCUGCCGGACAGCGGUGAGGCUUUGCGCAAACGGCUUCAGCAGGCGCACCGAGAGCGUCGCGGCCUCGAGGGCAGCAAAGCUGAGGAGAUGUUCAUUACGCACGCACAGUCCUUGCCAGAUUACGGUGCUCAUUACUACGUGGCCACCGUCGACGCCAAGGAGUUGGGCAAGAUCGUUGCCAGGCAAAAAAAAUACGCCGAUCAGAAUCACCUUCAGAAUGACGAACGGCAACAUCAAGCGCUUUAUAUCAACUCGGAAAACAUCUAUGACAUCGACAAGUGCUCGGACUAUCCGAUUUACGGUAAGAUAGACUUCAACGGAUCGGAGACACGCGAGGAGAAUCUGCAAAAAAGUCCUUACACCGACGAGCAAAAGAUCAUGCUAUCAAAAAGUCCGUCAAGCACGACGAUGAACGAGAUCUACUCAUCACCGCAGUGUAAGGCAUCCAUCCCCGAGUCUUCUAACAACAACAAUAACGCAGGCGGCAAUAACAAUAAAAGCAAGACGAGCAAGUUCAAGAAGAGCGAUAGCGACGUAUGGCUCGCCAUUCACUCGCAAGGCCUCAAGGUUUUCGAGCGAGGCGGCAGAUUGCGCGAGAGACUCGAGCUUGCAAAAUUCCAGUGGAAGGAUAUUCAAACUCUGAGUUACGGCAAGAACUGCCUCGUCGUUUAUACAAGGAUAAACGGCAAGCGCUGCAAGUUCAAACUGAAGAUGGAUCAUCGGAAGAGCUAUUACGCCUUCAAACUAACAUCUCUGCACCAUCAGUUUUUCUUGAAACUUCGAACCGAGCUCACUUCUUUGCAGGGUUUGUCGAAAGACUUUGGUGUUCCUCUGGCUAUUGAACCAAACUCACCCCAAUCGAAAAUGAAGCCCGAGAGUGCCAAGACGAAAAUCUCGAUAGCAGAUUCCGUAAAGAAACAGCCGCAGCAGCAACAACAGCAGCAGUCUUCCAAAUACCCGACCCGCAUCGAAGAACAGCAAAACAAAGAGAACGAGAAUCCAUUAAAGGAUCCAGAGGAUCAGAAGCCGACGAACAGCAAGGACGAUCUUUCGCCUGACACUCCAGAGGGAAACGGUAACAACGCGCUCUACGCUCAAGUCAAUGGUCGUCUUGAACCUGAGGGUGAGUCUCGCGAUACCGAAGAAGACGAAGCCGAUCGGGCUUUGAUUGUCAACAGGAAGAUUCUCGCGUCGCCGAACAGUAACAGCUUGCAAGUGCUCGAGCAAAGUGAGAGCGACAGGCUGUACAAUUACGCGAACAUCGGCAUUCCGCACAGCAACGAACGGGAGGAAUACGUUUACACGAUUCCAAAGUCAACGUUUUCCACCAACGACAUCGACAGGCUAAACGAGAAGAUUGAAAAUCCUGAAGAUCUGUAUGCAGCGAUCAAUAAGUCCGGCCUACCUAAGAAAAACGAAUUUACUGUGUCCGACGGCGAGCAGUGGAAGGAAAUUGAGGUAAAGACGUCGAGUUUACCGAAUUACGGUUCGAAUCGACAAAACGGAAACGUCAAUUCCCCAGUCAAGCCGCGUCGCCUAGAUGUGAAAACGGGAAAUAGGGCGAUUUACAGCAGCGUAGGACAGCGCAAUCCCAGCCUUACCGACGACCUGGAGCUUCUGUCUCUGAAGUCGGACACAGCGUCGAUACGCUCGACGUCGGCAAAAUCAAAUCCAUCCCCAACGCCCGAAGCUUACGUGCUUAAUGCUGAUAUACGAACAUCGGAAGAGACGUUUAGGAUACCAGACGAAACGAUGUCCAAUUCACUGAUGGCAAGGUUGGAUGAGCUUUCGUUUGACGAAGAACGGAUGCUGCGCACGAUAAAGUUGGAACGUGGCCACGGUGGUAGCAUAGGGCUGCAAGUGACGGAGGGUAACGACGGGGGCGUUUACGUUCAGGCAGUUUCCGUCGGAGGUUCUGCCGAUAUGGCUGGAAACGUUAAUAAGGGAGAUCGGAUUGUUGCUAUAAAUGGACAAAGUCUACUAAAUCUCCGGUAUGAAGAUGCUCUAAAGAUGUUACAGAGUUCGUCAGAAACAGUUGAAUUAGUUCUAUCGCAAAUAGAUCCACUGCAUGAUGAUGAAGACCAUAUUCAAGAACCUAUCGAAAAUAACUAUCUACAGAACAUAAGAUUUAAUGUCUCUUCAGAAGCAGAAACUUCUGCAGUAAUGUCCUCGAAGUGGCUUCAAAAAACUAUAGAUGUUGCUUCUGUGCAAAACACAUCCAGUGCUUAUAGUAGUGCAGCGUCUAGUGCAAUGGGAAAUCACAAUGUUAAUAGUCUUUAUGUACCCGAUAUUGACGAAACUAAUGCAAUAAACUCAGCGAGUAUGCUGUUGACCCUAGAAGACUUUGAUGUUAGUCGAUCAAGUACUCAGCAAGUCUUUAUUUAAUAAGAAAUAUGAGUCUUCAUUGCCGCCACCAGUACCGCCACGUCGCAAGAGAUUCAAAGCCCCACCGAGGCGACCUAACACCACGUACCCGCACUCGGAUCAAAGGCCCGAACGCAAAUCUAGACAAGCUCCUCCGCUUCCUCCGCCAGCCGCGCCUCUGCGAUCCAGAACUGGCCGUAAGACGCCCUCACCAUUUCCCAGUGAAAAAUCAUCACCUGUGAUCAUCAAGUAUAGUAGCCUCGAGUAUGGCCCCGAGACGGUGAGCCAUGAUGAAUCGACAAAGAGUAGCAUCAUCGUCGAUCAGCCGAAGACUACACAUGUGCCACCGAGAAAAGCACGAUUGGAUCUACUGACAGCGGAAGAGCCAGUGCGCAGCCGAUCUACUUCGCCGUUUACCAAGUCUCCAGAGCCAAACAAAUAUCCACCUCUGUAUUUCACCUACCAGGAUUACCAGACAGUCAUGGAGGACUCGCUGAAUCCGAAAGAUGAUACCAUA